CGGUUUUCCUCAACAUUGCUUUCUUACAGUCACAGUUGCUUCUUUCACAAAAACUCGCUUCUCCAUACGCCAUCCGAAAGAAACUCUCUUUUUCACUCUAAAAUAUCACAUUUCAAAUCUCAUACAAAUCCGCUUGUUUUUUGGGUUUCAAUCUUAACAGUUACCAGGUCAAAGCUGAUUGAUUGUGUUAUGUGGAAUCUACAACUGUAAAGGAACCUUGCUCUUCUAUAGUUUUGGAGUUAAGAUGAGGACAGGUUCCAUGUGCUUUUCCAUCUUGCAUGUUCCUAGAUGCGGAAUCCCCACCUUAGCUACUUUUUGGAGGGAAAGCUUCCACAGUUUGAGUAGGACUGACAAAAAAAGUUCUAGCUUUAGGCUACUUGGUUCUAAUACCUAUGGGCUUGAGAGAAGUUACAAUAGGAAAUGGACUCAAAGACCUGUAUUUACAAACGCAGAGGGAAGAAAUAAAAUCACCCAGCAAAGCAAACCAGGCAACAUUGGGCAUGAAAUUUUAGAUGGAGUGGUUUCAAAAAGUGAUACAUUUAGUGUAAAUAAGACAGAAAUUAGUCAAUUCCAAAAUAUUGAAUACUGUGAUAUUCGACAAAAGAUUGCUGAGAAUAAGGAACUGGCUAGCCUUGUGACAGUUAUUGUUUUUGACAUCGAGACAACUGGUUUUAGCAGAGAGAAUGAACGUAUCAUUGAGAUUGCACUUAGAGAUCUUGAGGGUGGUGAAAACAGUACUUUCCAGACGCUAGUAAACCCUCAACGCUUUGUUCCAAAUUCACAUGUUCAUGGCAUUACAACCCGUAUGGUCAACAAACCUGAUGUUCCAAGGAUGGAGGACCUGAUACCAAUCUUACUGCAGUUUGUAAGAAGCCGUCAGAAACCUGGGGGAUAUGUAGUGUUGGCCGCUCAUAAUGCUCGCAGUUUCGACGUGCCUUUUUUGCGUAGUGAAUUUACUCGUUGUAAAGCUGAGUUUCCUUCAAAUUGGUUGUUUGUGGAUACGCUUACUCUGGCACGUGAGAUGAUGAAAUCUAAAGGUGAAAAAAGUACUUCAAUUUCAUUGCAAGCCCUUCGUCAAAGCUUUGAAAUUCCAUUAACCGGUAAAGCUCAUAGGGCCAUGGCAGAUGUAGACUUACUGUCUAUCAUUCUUCCAAGGCUGACUUUUGUGCUGAAAUGGUCAAUCUCUGAUCUUAUAAUGAAGUCGUUCCUUCCCUCAGAUUCACCCAAAUCCAAGAAGAAGAGUUUGCGCUAGUUUCCAGCCAUGAAUUUGCUUCAGUAUUAACCAUUUUACUAUAACCAAUAACUGAUUGGUCCAAUGAUAUGGGGUAAGGCCUGCAAGAGAAUAGAAUUCAUUUAAGCAGGUUGAAGAAUUUGAAAUUCAUUGAUGUUGGUGACCAUGCUUGGGGUGGCAUACAAGUAUACAACCAAUUAUUGGGUUAUUAGUUUUUGUAAUUCAAAGAAAGAAACUUUAUUGUUGUAAUUUUAACUCAUUCAUUACAAUAAAAAUGUCAUUAUUUAUUCA